GUGCAAGAUGCCCUGCCAACACGCUGCCAUUAGCUUUGCCACUGCGUCUGGUCGCUACAGCUUUGAGCACACGGCGAGAGCUCCCGCAGCUCCUGAUCAUCCUCCCUGAGCCGCAUCUCGUCCCCCGCCUCCACCCUCACCAACAAGCUGGCCAAGAUACGCUCCAUCAUGGCGCCUCUCAAGAGUUGGCUCCAGAUUGACCCCUUGAGUCACUUCUCCCUGCACAACAUUCCGUUCGGAAUCAUAUCGACACAGUCUUCGAAGCAACCGCGACCUGCCAUUGCCAUUGGGGAUCAUGCAUUGGACCUUCACGCUUUCACAGAAGGGAAUGGCUUCGCCAAGCUUUCUGCCAUCCAGCCUCACCAGGCAGUCUUCUCCUCCCCCACCUUGAACGCCUUUGCGGCACUCGGACGUCCUGUUCACAAGGUUGUGCGCGAGUACAUUCAGAGCGUACUGCUCAAAGAUGGACCAUUCCCGGAAGUGCUAGAACGGAACGAGGCCUUGCAGAAGCAGGCCCUUCUUCCUCUUGAUCAGGUUCAAACACAUUUACCUAUGCAGAUAGGUGACUAUACGGACUUCUACGCAGGCUUGAAUCAUGCAUACAAUGUCGGUGUCCUUUUCCGCGGUGCAGCGAACGCAUUGCAGCCGAACUACAAGCACCUCCCCGUAGGCUACCACGGACGUGCCAGCUCUGUGGUCGUUUCUGGCACGCCCAUUCGAAGGCCUACAGGGCAAAUACUAGCCAACCCAGCAGCUGAGAAGAAGCAGCCAAUCCUCAGUCCAUGCAAGAAGCUGGACAUCGAGCUGGAGCUCGGCUGCUUUGUCUGCAAACCCAAUCAAAUGGGACAACCCAUCAGUGUUGAUGACGCACCGGAUCAUCUAUUCGGCGUGGUUCUAAUGAAUGACUGGUCCGCUCGCGACAUCCAGGCCUGGGAAUAUGUGCCACUAGGUCCAUUCAACUCGAAGAACUUCGGCACCACCAUCUCACCUUGGGUCGUCUUGAUGGAUGCUCUCGAGCCGUUCAAGACUUCCGGCAUCCCAAACGACACUGAACUGCUGCCAUAUCUUAAUGAGAAGGGACGAGAGUCGCAUUACAAAAUCGACUUGUCGUUCGCUCUCACGCCAUCGUCUGGCGACACUACCAUACUUUCUCGAACGUCAGCGACACAGCUGCUAUUCUCCUUCCCACAGAUGCUCGCUCAUCACACGAUUGGCGGGUGUCCAUUCAAUGUAGGUGAUCUCAUGGGAUCUGGAACGAUCAGUGGCACAACGAAAGAGGAGAAAGGAGCUUUGUUGGAACAGACGGAGAACGGCAAGGAAGACGUGAAGCUCGUUGGAGGCGAGACUCGCAAAUUCCUCGAGGAUGGGGAUACUGUCUCCUUGACCGGACACUGUGGGUCUGAGAACGGUGCGAUUGUGGGUUUUGGCCAAUGCAUUGGCCGCAUCGAACCUGCCCUGGAUAUCAAAUUCUGAGCAUAGUGCUUCUAGACCCUCAAGCCCUAGUGCAAACUCGU